AUGCUGGGUACCGCCGCCCGGGCGGCUCCACUCCUCGGAAGAGCGGCGGCGACGGCGGCGGCGGUGGAUCGGGGCGCCGCCGCUGAUUGCGAGGGCGGUAGCAAUGGCAGCUUCCAUCGGCGUACUGGUGGCGGGGGAUUGAGAAGGUUGGAGGCACACCGCAGCAACACUAUCGCUGCAGAAACUAAGGCGAGCGGCGGCGGCGGUGGCGGCGGCGGCGGCAGGCUUGGUACUAGACUCAACAGGCCUAGAAGUGGCGGGCGUGGGAGGCACGGGGGCAAGGGCGGCGGCGGUGGCGGCGGCGGGAGGGCUUUCAACGCGCCCAACGGGGCAAGGAAAGAGAGAGCCGUCAAGUCCACUCCAGAAGGAGCGAGCUGGAGAGACUCGGAUCUCGACGGCAAGAGCCGAUCGUUCCUGUUCGUGAAGGAGAUCAAGGCCAUCCCCAAGUGGAACGGCGAGAGGGUCAUGAACUUGCUGAAGGAGGCGCAGCGGCUCAGCGAGACUGCCGCCGCCGCCCCCGGCGACGGGGGGGGUGCCGCUGACGCGAGGAGAGGCCUGGAGAUGACCUCGUUCAUGUACAACGCGUGCAUCAGCCACAUGUCCUCGUGCGGCCGGUGGCAGCAAGCGCUCGAGAUCCUGGAGUUGAUGAGGACGGCGGAUUUCCCCCCGGACGAAUUUUGCGUGACUGCCGCGAUAACGGCGUGCGGGAGGGCGGGGCAGUGGCAGAAGUCCCUCGAUGUGAGUGCAUACGUGCGGAGCGCGACGGGCGACACAUGGCAGUGGGAGAAGGCCCUCGAGAAGGUGUCGGAGAUGAAGAGGCUCGGGGUUGUUCCAGACGAAUUCACGUACACCGCGGCCAUCGCUGCUUGCCGACAGGGGCGCCAAUGGGACAAGGUGUGGGCCCUGGAGCUGUUCCGCGAGAUGCCCGAGGCGGGCGUGAAAGUCACCUCCAUUCACUACAACGUGGCCAUCGCUAUCUGCGGGGAGGCGAAGCAGCCGGAGAGGGCGUUCGAGAUGUUCCGAGAGAUGCAGGGGGCUGGCGACGGCACCAGGUAUGAAAUCGACAGAGUCAGCUACAACACCGCCAUCAUUGCCUGCGGGGAGGGCGGCAGCUGGGACCUCGCCUUCAAGCUCUUCCGAGAGAUGACUCACCCUCCCCCCCCUCCCACGGCGGCGGAGGCGGGGGAAGACGCGGCGGCGGCGGCGGCGAGGAGGAGGGGGGGGGUGCGCGUAACAGCCGACAUGAUCGCGUACAACACCAUCAUCGACGUCUGCAAGAAGUGCGGGCCAUGGGAGGAGGCGGUGAAGCUCUUGCGAGAGAUGUCCACCCCCGGGAAUGGGCGUGGCGGCGGCGGCGGCCGCGGCGGCGGAGGCGUUAUCAUCCCGAACGUGGUGACGUACACGUCGGCUAUCGUGGCGUGCGGCAGGAGCGGGCACUGGGACGAGGCGCUCGAGCUUUUUAGGGAGAUGAAGGCGGUCGGCAUUCAGCCGGACGCCAUCAGCUACAACACGGCCAUCUCCGUGUCGGGAGAGACCGGGCGGUGGCGGGACGGGCUGGCCCUGCUGGAGGAGAUGCCCGGCGAGGGCAUCAAGCCCGACCACACGACCUACAGCACCGCGAUCCUACUCUGCGGCCGGUGCGGGCAGCUCGAGGCGGGCCUGGAUGUCCUCCGUACUACCAUGCCGUCCCACGGCGCGACCCCGAACGUGCUCAACUACAGCGCGGCGAGCGUCAUUUGCGCGGUGAGCAAGGAAUGGGGAAAGGUCCGCGGCGUGGUGGAGGAGAUGGCCGUGGAGAGGGGGCUGUCGCCCAACGCGGCCUGCCUGACGGACCUGGUGGUGGUGGGCGUCAAGACCGGGCAGUGGGAGGACCUCCUUGAGACGCUGGAGAAGCUCGAGGAGGGCGGCAUCCUGCCCAAGGACCCCGAGAUCGGCCAGGCGGCGGUCGCCGCCGCGAGGGCGUGCGGGAAGGAUCAAGCGGAGCAACUUAGGCUGGCGGAGAUCCUCACCCGCACCAGACACCAGACCCGACAGCAGUGAUGGCGGUACCCACAGGCUCGUGACCCUGCUUCGUCGAAAUGAAUCCUAUCGUUUUGUGGUCUUUGCGCGGCAGACUUUGGAGAGGAGUGGACUCAGAAGAGAAACGCGUCCUCACAGCAGCAGCAGCAGCGGUGUUGUUUUUGCUCAAUGGGAGAGGCAAGACCGGAUAGAUGAGGGGCGUUCGGGAGGGAGUGCGCCGGCUGUGUGGUGCCCGACUAAUCGUUGUCUUCCUCCCCUUAAUAAUUGUCCUUGAGGUGUUGAUGAGUUCGAGAUAGAUAGUUGGAAGGACGGGAGCGUGUGCAGGCGGGCAGAAUUGUUGGGCCCCCAGGCCUUUCCAAAGGUUUUACCCACGAACGCCUCUCUAUCCAUACGCUGCUGUGCAGAUGUGUGGAAAGGAUAACCCCCCGUUGUAGCCUUCGGGUGCGCCUCCUUGGACAGAUUUAGAGACACGGUACAUAUGCGGGUGUGUGUGUAACAUGUUUUUCCUGAAAGGGAAAAUUUCAAAGCUGACGAGAGUUGUCAACGGGCAUGUCUCCAAACAUGCCAAGGAAGUGAUCGAGGACCCGGGCGUAGAUCGGGCUGCUCUCUCAUACAUCGGCAAACCCAGAAAAUCGACAAUGUUCCAUCUUGUUGGGCAUCAUACUUGC